UUAAGAAAAAAAAAUGGGGAAAACCCUAGUAAGUAUAAUGAUAUUACUGAACGUGAUGAGUGCGGUGUCGGCGCUGCCGCUAUACAAACGAUUCAACAUCAACAUUCUGAAUGCUUUGGACCGCGGCGGUCCGUUGAAGGUCCACUGCCGUGAUCUUGCCGGAAGAGACGACAAGCCUUACGUAUUCCUCGACAAGAGAUUGCAGACCUACAACUUGGGCUUCGUCGUCAACCCGGACUUGAUCUACCAGUGCGAGAUUUGGAUGCCAUCUACGGAUCCACAGCAGCCACAACACCAUGUGAGAUGGAACGCAUUCGUGGCGGACGACGCGUGGUUUAGGGGUCUCUGCGGAAGUGAGACGCCGAACGAAUGCAGAUGGGCCGCCAAAAAUGACGGAAUCUAUGUCCGAGACAACCCCACCGGCCAUUACAGGCUCAUUUACAAGUGGGACGUUAACUUUGUGAAAUAAAACCCUAGUUCUUUCUUUUUCUUAUUCUUAUAUCCAAAAAAAACAAUUAAUUAUUUAUUGCUUUUG